AUGGGUUUUCUUCAGAUUAUGUUGGGAGGACUUGUAAUAGUUAUGAGCAUUUUAAGCUUGAUAAAUUUCUACUCUGUUGGUUUCUUCUUACAUAAAGAAGACAUUUGUCAACACUUUUAUGGAGUUAAAGAUUCAUAUGAUUUUCAUGGAAGCUUUGAUUUAUCAGCCUUAUCAAACAGGGUUCAAGAUGUUCUUGAUCAAUUAUCAUCUUUACAAGACAAGAUUGAAUCCACUUUACAAAACAUGGAGAAGAAACCAAAUUCGGAUUACAAGAAGUUUCUUGAAUUCGAAGUGAUGCCUCCUCUAUAUGAAGCUCAUAUCGCCCUUCGACAGAUUCGGCUUCCCAAUCGAACCAAGGAUCAAGUGCCUUUGAUCAAUUCAUUCGUGAUCGAGGAGAUUCGUAAGUACAUAACUCCUAAGGAGAAUCGGAAUGGUAAUUUCAAUAUUUAUGGGUCGGAUCGUGUUUACAACACGAUCGGACAUUCUUGUGUUGUUUUGAAGAAGGAAUUGGAAGAGUAUAUGAAUUAUGACGUGGGAUCUUAUUGUAAUGAUGAUUGGAUUCUCGCGCAAAAGCUCAUGAUCAACGGUUGUGAUCCUUUACCUCGGAGGCGAUGUCUCACGAGGGCGUCGAAGCUUUACACGAAACCUUAUUCGAUAAACGAGUCGUUAUGGAGAAUACCUAUGGGUGGAAACGUGAGAUGGGCUCAUUACAAUUGUAGAAAUUUCGAGUGUCUCACGAGUAAGAAUUCGAAACGAGGCUUUUCGAAGUGCACGGGUUGUUUCGAGAUGGAGAAGGAAAAGGUUAAGUGGGUGGUUAAUGGUUCGAAUACGAAAAAUCCAUCGGAUUUCUUGAUAAAUGAUGUUUUAGCGAUUAAACCGGGCGAAAUAAGGAUUGGGCUUGACCAUGGAAUUGGGACGGGGACUUUCGCGGCUAGGAUGAGGGAAAAAAAUGUGACAAUAGUUUCAACCGCAAUUAACCUUGGGGCGCCUUUUAAUGAGAUAAUCGCGUUGAGGGGAUUAAUUCCUCUUUAUGUGACAUUGAAUCAACGACUACCAUUUUUCGAUAACACGAUGGAUUUGAUUCAUACGACGGGGUUUAUGGAUGGUUGGAUUGACUUGCAAUUGAUGGACUUUGUAUUGUUCGAUUGGGAUCGGAUAUUGAGACCGGGGGGAUUGUUGUGGAUUGAUCAAUUUUUUUGUAACCGAAAAGAUGUUGAUGAUUAUAUGUAUAUGUUUCUUCAAUUUAGGUAUAAGAAACAUAAAUGGGUUGUUUCUCCCAAGUCUAAAGAUGAGGUUUUUUUAUCUGCAUUGUUGGAGAAACCUCCAAGAUCAUUGUGA